CUGGCCAAAGCGCAGGCUUGUCUGGCGCUUCUCUUGGGUCCGACGCGCAAACUUUUCUUUUCGGGGCGGGCUGGCUGCCGACGGAGAACGGGAGCCGGGGGCACCUGCGGGGCGUGCGCCAGUGGCCAGCCCGCCAGCCCACCCACCCAUACUCUCUCCCUCCCUCCCGUCUCUUUCUCUCUCUCCCUCCCGCGGCUUCUUUGGACUGGGUGCCCCCCCCCGCCCCUUCGCCUAAGAAGGAUGCCUGCGGAAUGAAUGAGCGCCCCUCGAGCUGCCGCCGCUGCCGCCGCUCCCAGCAUUCUGGCUGUGGCAGGCAGGCAGGCAGGCAGGCAGGCGUGCAGAAAGUGUAACUGACUACAGGGGUCCCUGCAGUGACUGAAUGAAGGAGAGUCCAAGGGAGGAGGAGGAGGAGGAGGAGAAGAGCAGCGGUCGCCGAGCAGCCCGGGAGCAGCAUGCAGCCUUCCGCCCGGAUUGUCAACCUCUUGCUUUUGGCUCUUCUGGCUGGGCUAGAUCCUUCUAAGAUCAUUAUCUUCUUCUCUGGGUAUUGCUGAGAUCUUAGGCAAAACUUCAAACUGGAAUCAAAAGGUUACAAUGAGAAACAUAAUAUCUACUGAAUAUUAUGGAGUUAUAUUUCCAAUAGAAGAAAUGUUGAAAAUCUGGAAAUUCCUGAGGGUGACUGCUAGAUGGCAUCUCUGUGCUAUUUUCUGGAAAGUAUAGAGGUGCCUCAGUUGACCUAUGCUGCCUACAAAAAUCUCUUGAGACUCAAAUUAGUCCCAAAGAAGGGUGGCAGGUUUAUAGUUCCGCGCAAGACCCAGAUGGACGAUGCAUUUGUACUGUGGUUGCACCAGAACAAAACUUAUGCUCCAGGGAUGCUAAGAGCAGGCAGUUAAGGCAACUGCUUGAGAAGGUUCAGAAUAUGUCUCAGUCCAUUGAAGUUUUAAAUCUACGGACUCAGAGGGAUUUCCAGUAUGUUUUGAGAAUGGAAACGCAAAUGAAGGGACUGAAGGCUAAGUUCCGACAAAUUGAAGACGACCGAAAAACCUUAAUGACCAAGCAUUUUCAAGAAUUGAAGGAAAAGAUGGAUGACCUUCUACCACUGAUACCAGUUCUGGAACAGUACAAAACAGACGCCAAGUUAAUCACCCAGUUCAAAGAGGAAAUCAGAAACCUGUCUUCAGUACUGACUGGGAUCCAAGAGGAAAUUGGCGCUUAUGAUUAUGAGGAGCUACAUCAACGAGUCCUCAGUUUGGAAACCAGGCUUCGAGAUUGCAUGAAAAAACUGACCUGCGGCAAAUUGAUGAAAAUCACCGGUCCUAUUACAGUCAAGACAUCUGGAACCCGGUUUGGAGCUUGGAUGACAGAUCCAUUAGCAUCUGAGAAAAACAACAGAGUUUGGUAUAUGGACAGUUACACCAACAACAAAAUUGUCCGUGAAUACAAAUCCAUAGCAGAUUUUGUCAGCGGUGCAGAGUCCAGGACAUACAAUCUCCCUUUCAAAUGGGCAGGAACUAAUCAUGUUGUCUACAACGGGUCUCUCUAUUUCAACAAAUAUCAGAGCAACAUCAUCAUCAAGUACAGUUUUGAUACUGGGCAGGUGCUUGCUCAGCGUAGCCUGGAGUAUGCUGGUUUUCACAACGUCUAUCCCUACACCUGGGGUGGCUUCUCUGAUAUCGAUCUGAUGGCCGAUGAGAUAGGUUUGUGGGCUGUCUAUGCCACUAAUCAGAAUGCAGGCAACAUUGUCAUCAGUCAACUGAAUCAGGAUACUUUAGAAGUGAUGAAAACCUGGAGCACCGGGUACCCUAAGCGAAGUGCUGGCGAAUCUUUCAUGAUCUGUGGCACCUUGUACGUCACCAAUUCCCACUUAACUGGAGCCAAGGUCUACUAUUCAUACUCGACAAAAACCUCCACGUACGAAUAUACAGACAUACCUUUUCACAAUCAAUAUUUCCAUAUAUCAAUGCUUGACUACAAUGCCAGAGAUAGAGCUCUCUAUGCCUGGAAUAAUGGGCACCAAGUCCUAUUCAACGUCACUCUUUUCCACAUUAUUAAAACAGAAGAUGACACAUAGGUAUCAACCAGGACUUUUAGCCACCCGAAAGAGUGUCGUUGUGCCGAACUCAAAAAGCAUCCUGCUGGGUUUCUUUCAAAUUCUUUUUUCUUUCUCAGUAAAAAUUAAUGGAGGAGGAUUUUUCUACAAUGUAAUAUAUUCCAAAUAUGGCAAAGUCUUUCUUUUAAAAUGACCUAGUUCAUAAUACAGGUAUCUUUCUAAACAGUAUAUAAAGCCUGCUGUGACUUUGUCAUGGAAAGUACUAAAUUCUUAUUUCAGUGGGAAAGACAUUGUUUUAAAAAAAAAAAAUUAAUGAUCUGCCUUAUAUUAGAAUCAGAGACUAACGGUGGUGUAAAACUGCAUGAAUGUCUUUUUCUACCAUCAUCAUUUUUUAAAAAGUAAUAAUAAUUGCUCAACAUUAAAGUAUAUUUGAACAAUCAUCUGAGGGAAAAUUGAGAAGAAUUCUUCGGGGCAAGGGUGUGAAUUUUUAAAAGCAGUGUUCCAAAAUUAAUCAGUUAUGGAUUGGAUUACUUUAAGGGUAGAAAGAGUAAAAAUCCCAUUGGCUAUUACACAAUUUCAGAUGCGGUGCUGUACAGUCUGUUUUUAAUCUCUUGCAAGCAGUUUCUCAAUGAUCUGUAUUUAUACCAUUGUGUCCGCCAUUGUGUACCUGUAUCUCUUCACUUCUGUGAAAGUUAAUUAUUUUUUAUAAAAUAUAAUUGAAAUUUAAUCAUAAA